CCGCAGUCCAUCCUCUCUGUCGCUCGCUGGCUCUCGCCCCCGCCGCUUUGCUCCGGCUCGCCGCCGCCACGCUCUGCUUCGGGCCGCUGCCUCCGCGCUCUGCUUCAUGUCGCCGCCGCCGCGCUAUGCUCUGGCUCGCCGCCGCCGUGCUAUGCUUCGGGUAUCCGCCGCCUUGCGCUGUGCUCCAUCUCGCCACCUAAAAGGCUCUCCUUUCGAUCCAAUAAGCCGAUGAGUCACCGGAUACGGCGUCAGCGAGGCUGUAUACGUCGUCGGCGAGGUCGGACGCGCCGGAUCCCGACCACCUUGCUGCUAAAAGCUCCCCUUUGCGAGCUCAAAUGAGGAGUACGACGACGGCGAUGUCCUGGAGCAGCACGGGUGACCUGGACAGGGAGGAGAGUAGCAGCAAGACGAGGGACACGACUGAGUCAUCGACUACUACCACACCCUCCAUGCCCCGGCGCUCACAAGGACCAGUACCAGCUCGUAGAAGCAGCGAUGGGGGCGGGGAUCGAAGGCGGGGGCAGCCACCAGCUAACAGCAGAGAUGGGGGCGGGGAUCGGAGGGUGUCGGCGUCGCCCAUCACCACCAUCACGCGGCGGCCGAAGUGGACCUGCGCGUCAGCGGUGGGAAACGGAAUCGGGGCCGAAGUGGACCAUCGCGGCGACCAGCGCGCCGGCGGUGGGCGGCGAAAUCGGUGGCGGAGGUACCGCUCGUGGGUGGGCCGCGGAGGUCCUGCUCGUGGUGGGCGGCGCAGGGCCUGUUCGUGGGCGACGUCCUGGGCGGGCUCUUUGGCGACGCAGGACCGUCUCAGGCGACGGGCGGCUGGCCGUGGCGACGCGCGGGCGAUGGGGGCUGGCCGUGGCGACGCCGGGCGAUAGGCGGAGGUGGAAGAAGGAGACGGGGGCUUGUUUGUCAGAGCUCUGAAAGCACAAUGGCGUUUUAGCAAAAACACGAUUGUACUGCGCGCGCGACGAGAAUUUCGGGACGGAGGGAGUAUGAGAUAGUCCAAACCAAAACAAGGAGUAAAAUUUUACUCGAACAGCCAAGAAACUGUGCAACACAAAUUCUGUAGUCAACAAAACUGAAACUGGAGUCAGUGCUUAGAACUGUAGGAGUAGUCAGUUUUCCUAAUUUUACUAACAGCAUAUCAAAACUACAUAAGUUUUGGCACCAACAAAACUGAGUACUCCAUUGCUUCCAUGUUCCAUCACUUCAAAAUUCUUGAUGAUGAUUAAACUGAAA